GUUUAGCUGAUCUGCAGGACUGUGUUUCCUUCCUCAGCUGGAACAAAAAGACCAGACAAAUGGCUGAAUUCUGCAUUUCCACUUUUCCUGUGCUGAUGGAAAGGAAACUCUCGGCCAGGUGUGUGGUGAAAUGAGCUGUGUGAAGAUGGCGCCCUCUGGUGGACUCAGUGUGGCGGUGCGGCAUUUGAGGAGGAUGAUGGAGAUCUGGUGAAGCUGCCCAUGUUGGAGGCCAUCGUCAGCAGCAGCGAGUGAUUUCCAAGUGAUGAGAACUCCGAACAGAAGUAGGGCAUCAGGAUGGAUCACCCUGGGGGCACCCUGGGACAUAAAGCAGCCAGCCACUCCACCGUCUACAAACCUGAGUGAACGUGUGAGAGAGUGGGGGGGCGACAGCAUCCAAACAUCCCAGUUCACCACAACACUCUGUGCCUGUGAACCCUCCAGAUCUGCUCCUUUACCUAAGAAAAAACUAUUCACUAAAGGCUUGACUAAACAAAUAUGUUUUCAGCCUAGACUUAAACACUGAGACUGUGUCUGAGCCCCGAACACUAAGUGGAAGGCUGUUCCAUAACUGUGGGGCUUUGUAAGAGAAAGCUCUACCCCCAGCUGUAGGCUUCACUAAUCAAGGUACCAACAAAUAGCCUGCACCUUUUGAUCUGAGUAGGCGUGGCGGAUCAUAAAAGACCAAAAGUUCACUCAGGUACUGUGGCGCGAGACCAUUUAGUGCUUUAUAGGUCAAUAGUAGUAUUUUAUAAUCAAUACAAAAUUGGGAGCCGAUGCAGUGUGGAUAAGAUAGGGGUGAUGUGGUCAUAUCUUCUGGUUCUAGUAAGGACUCUCGCUGCUGCAUUCUGGACUAACUGGAGCUUGUUGAUGCUCCUACUGGAACAUCCAGACAAAAGCUAUUACACUACUGCAUGGAAAAACAACAACAACAGCAACAACAACAACAAUGACAGCACCACCAACAACAGCAACAACAACCACAGCAACAACAACAGCAACAACAACAACAGCAACAACAACGACAGCACCACCAACAACAGCAACAACAACCACAGCAACAACAACAGCAGCAGCAGCAACAACAGCAACACCAACAACAGCAGCAACAACAGCAACACCAACAACAGCAGCAGCAACAACAACAGCAGCACCAACAACAGCAGCAGCAACAACAACAGCAACACCAACAACAGCAGCAACACCAACAACAACAGCAGCAACAACAACAGCAACACCACCAACAGCAGCAACACCAACAACAACAGCAGCAACAACAACAGCAACACCACCAACAGCAGCAACACCAACAACAACAGCAACAACAGCAACAGCACCACUGACAGCAGCAGCAGCAGCAGCAACAACAACAACAGCAACAACAACAACAGCAACAACAGUUUAUAUAUUAAAAAAACAGUUAAAAAUAAAUCAGAACUCUACUGGCAGGAAGAAUGAAAAUGAUUUUGAAAAAAAUCUCAAAACAUCAAAAUGACAGACUGAGUUUUCGUUUUUCUUCAUGACGGUUCGACUCGGCCCGCUGCUGACACGUCAGUGGCGUUUAUUAAGAGGACGACGAGUCUAUCAGGACUCAUAAACAGACUCGUACAGGCAGGAGAUCCUUCGCUUCUCUCUGGGAGGAGAAGAUCAUCCAUCAAACCCUCUCUCCUGAGCUGUGGACGAUGACAAGCGCGGAUCUGCUGCUUCUCUCCACACUUUAUUCCCUCUCAUCACCAGUCAUCCUCAUGGAGAACCCAGGAUGCGGUUCUUUCCCAUGGACCCUGCUGCAUCUCUGUCAGAAUGUUUAUUUUAGUCUCAGGUUCUUGACGGUUCAUUUUUGUUCAGAUUUUUGGAUCCGACUGAAUAUUUUCAUUGACUAGACAGAAGUUUUCAUUUGCUGUGUACGUUUAAACUUGUGUACAUUCAUCUUACUCGGAAUUAUGUCAGUUUUUACCUCAGUGCAUUUGAGCUGCUGUAUGAAAAAACAUGGACGGCACCAUGUUGGUCUUUUGUUAGCAACAAGCUAGUGAGCUAACUGUGAUGAGUGAUGUAUAUUUCCUCCUCACACAGUGAAGUGCAGAGUCAGUGUUACAGAUUUAACAGGUGAAUGCGUCUGUGUGCUGAUUGAUCGAAAGCUAAUGUGUGUAUAUACAGUGUAACUCAUUUAAAGCUAAGAAGUGCUGCUGUGUUUACUGCUGAUGCUGCGAGCGGCCAUUUUGAUUUGACGUCACUUGCUGAACUCGGGGUUGAGGAGUUCCUGAGUAGGAAUUCCGAGUUGUGGGAAGGUUUUUUUUGGUUGGAGGUCGGGAAUUACACAUUACGACCUCAAGUCGAUUGCAGCAUUAGUUGUGCUAGCAUGCUAGUGACUCUGAAUCCCACUGAGGUCUGGGUACCGAAAAUCGGUACCCAAAAUGCACCAAAUGAAACAUUUCGGUACUAACGAGUGUUGAAAAAUAUUUUUUUUGAUACUUAGGACAAAAGUUAUAUCGUAAGAGUAAAAAACAGGUGCAUAAAAACAUCUUAAGUAGUUGUUAAGUCAGCUAAUAUGCUAAACAUGCUAAAAAUUUGAUUAAACACGAGAUUAAACUCCAUCGAGAAGGAAAAUUUUCGACUGCGUGAACAGCAGCACUCCUCUUUCAGCGCUUUAGAUUACAGAAUCCAGGCAAAACACCACGACCAAACACUAAUGUUUUCAGGAGAGAAUGUAUCUGCAGGUCAGUUAGCAGCUAGCGACUGAGAAAGUUAGCUUAGUUGUCACAUUUAGAACAGAAGUAUCUAAAAAAAAUAUUGUUUUGGUAUCGGUAUCGAGUUCAGGAUAUCAGAUCAGUAUCGGUAUAGAAUAACAGAGCCCUAAUCCCACAGCCUGCUGCGCUACACACAUCGGCUUUUCCUAGCUGGAUUAUUAUUAUUAUUAUUAUUCUGGAAUCUGGAAGGUUUCAGGGAUCCUCCACGGCAUUAAAUGUAACUAUAAAAGGAUAAAAAGUAUGAAUAAAAGAUGACGGAUAAAAAAAUUUUACUUGUUGGAACAUUGUUGUGAAUUAAGAGAAAUAAAACACUCGAGGACAUGCUGUUAUGGGAAAACAAUCAACUCAAAUCAGGGUGGGAAUAGUACAGUAUCUCUGCUUAAACAUUAUUAUUAUUAUUAUUAUUAUUAUUGUUAUUAUUAUUAUAUGAAGUGAUGAAAUCUGUCCUGCUUGAUUACUAUGGGAUGUUAGGUUAUGUUACGUAUACCAAGUGCCAGGUGUCAGGUGUAUGUGUGUGUGUGUGUGUGUGUCAGGUCCUCCUUUUUCACCUGAGCAUGUAGCAGUCGUGAGUCUCUGUGUGCUUUUUCGCGAGGGAACAGCGAGCUUCAUUAAGUGAGCGCUGUGAGAUUUAUGGACUGCGUUUUCCCAGCAGACCGGCUCCGGCGAGCGCCGAUAUGAUGAAUAUACUCCACUCCGGGACUGGACUGGGUCAGGGGAUUCAUAACUCCACUCUUUAAGAUAACUGCUUAUGCUGCUGCUUUUUUACCGCGAGGACACUUGGACCUCGGCCCAAUCAGCGGCUGCGGUAAUUGCAUUUCCUUGAACAAAAAAAAAAGCUCGCGAGGCCUCAUUGUCGCUGCCGCGCUGUUCUCUGCCUCACUAAUUGUUGGAGGUUCAGUAAUUUCAAGGCAAACUCUGGGGUACAGAUUGAAUUGUGAUGAGAAUGUUUUUAGUGGUGUUUUUUUUCCCCCCUCUGUGAAGCUGUGUGUCUUUGUUCGUACGAACGCUAGGACGAACUCAUCCUCGUUCUGAUUAGCGAGACAAUGGCACGCUUGGCUAGGCUACAAAUGGAAAGCAUAAUGGCGGCCUUAAUGAAAGGGGAAAUGACAUUUUCCUUCUGUGAUCGAGCUGACGCGCCUUCAUUCGCCACUCAACAAAAGGAGCUGCGGGAAAAAAAAAGAGGGACGAGACGCCGCCUUUGUGCUCCUGCCUGGCCAAAAAUAUCAAAUCAAUGCAGCCAUUACCAUUGCUAAUUCUCUGCUAGGCGGUUUGCUAUCACGGCAAAUUGGCUCGGAUGUAGUGUUAGUUCAGGUGUUCGACGUAAUUGAUUUUUUUUUUUUUUAAAUGAAAAGGCUGAAAGGAGCUGAUUAAAGCGAGGGGGUUUUGUGUAUUUGAAAUGAACUUCCUUUAAAAGGCACACUUUCCUCCAUGAGCGAUUGUUCAAGUCUCGUCCUUCGACUCGAUAAGACCGUCGUGGUUUUGGGGCUCGUGUAGACGUCAUGACCGCCGUAUCUCCAUUUUUAUCAGCGACGAUGUUUGCCUUUUUAAUAUGAGAUUGUAAAGGAGAGUAAAUGAAAGAGUCUCUUACGUGUCCUCUCUCUCUCUCUCUCUCUCUCUCUCUCUCUCUCUCUGUGCUGAUGGGUUAUAAACAGGGUCAGUAAUGGAGGAGGAAAGUGCCGUGUAUGGAGGUGAUGGAGGUUUCACAGACGCUGACCUUUGACCCAUCUCCUAUCCGUCACCCUGACCUCACCUUCACUCCUCCUCUACAUUCCUGAAUCAUCUAAAUCAUCCUCUCUCUCUCUCUUUCUCUCUCUCUCUCUCUCUCUCUCUCUGUGUCUCUCUUUCUCUCACCACAGAAACACUUCUAUACUGUACAGUCCUCAACUUUGAGUUCAGUAUCACUUCAUAUUUUUUUUUACAUCAAUUCAUUAGAAAUUAGAAACUCUUUUACUCACGUGCUCCGACAGUAAAAACGUUUGUUUCAAACUAAACACGGUGAAGCAGCAUGUAGUUUUUAUCCUACAUAUAUU